AUGCCGAACAUUAGGCCCCUAUCUGCCGAGUUGGCAAAGAAGGCCGCGGACGAGCUGUUCGAGAAGCCGGAACGGAUCGAAGAGGAUCUGGCCGCGUUGCGGACCUGGUUGGCCAAGAGCCCGUACCUCAAAUCCCGCGACGAUGAUCAAUUUCUGAUGAUGUUUCUGCGCGGUUCCAAGCACAGCCUCGAGCGGGCCAAGGAAAAGCUGGACAUGUACUAUACGGUACGGACGGCGCUGCCCGAGCUGAUGCGGAACCGUGACCCGGAGGAGGCGAAGUUGCUGGAGCUGAUCAAGCUGGGUGUGGCCGUCCCGCUGCCAAACACGGUAACGCCCGACGGGCCGCGAAUCAUCCUGGUGCGCCCGGGUACGUACGAUCCGAGCAAGUACACCAUCCAGGAGGUGUUCCGGUACAACACCAUGAUGGCGGAUAUUAUGAUGAAGGAGGACGACAAUCUGAUCGUUGCCGGGCAGAUGGGCAUUCUGGAUCUUUCCAACUGCACCAUGGCCCACUUCCUGCAGUUCAGCCCAUCGUUCGUGAAGAAAGCCACCAUGUGGAGUCAGGAGGGUUCGCCGCUGCGACAGAAGGGUUUCCACUACGUCAACACACCGAGCGGCUUCGAGGUGGUGUACAAUCUGUUCAAGAGCUUCCUCAACGAGAAAAAUCGUUCCCGGCUGUUUGUCCACGGCAGCAAUCUGGAGUCACUGUACGAGCACAUACCGAAGAGCAUGCUGCCGACCGAGUACGGUGGUGAGGCUGGCCCGAUUCAGGACAUCGUCGACAACUGGGCGAAGAAGAUUAUCUCCUACAAGGAGUACUUCAAGGAGGAGGAUCAGUACGGUACGGAGGAAAAGAAGCGUCCGGGGCGUCCGAAGAAUGCGGACAGUCUGUUUGGGCUGGAGGGUUCCUUCCGCAAGCUUGAGGUCGAUUAG